GCGAGCUAGUGGAGUUCGCGCAGCGCUGCAGUACGCGUUUACGCCCUUCUACCUAAAAGAAACAAACGCGGAAGCCAGUUUCACCGCUUAUCUCCCACUGUUUUUCGUUUCUGUGCGUAUGCGUGGAUAACGCACGUCCAAGUGGGCCCGAACAACCAAGCCACGGGAUUAUCGAGAUGUGAGCCAAGUGGAAGCUUCGGUGCGCGAGGCUCUUUCGCGAUGUGCUGUAGCAGCAGCGGCAGGGACGACGGUGUGCCAGCGGCGGUGUGUUUUCUUGCCGACUCUUGUUCGUUCGAUGCGGCGGCGAAGAAACGACGCUACCGUGACGAAUAAGCGGCCAGCGAAGGCGUGUGUGCUACGAAGGUCGUCGCAGGAAACGUGCUCUGCGGCCGCAGCAACGUCUCAGCUCGGUUGCAGUGGCUCUGCGAGACGCCGAUCGUCGCGUACUAUUCGUAUGGCGAUUUCGGACCCAGGGUUCUGAGCUCUCCGUGGGUUAGGGUUAGGUGCUCUCCGAAAAGGAUCUUGCCUGCACUUCAUCGCAGUACGUUUGUGUUUUUCAUCGCACCGCUUCGAGAAGCCUGUGCAUGACUGAAGGGAGCCUCGGAAACUUCGAGUGCGCGCUCUCCAAACGGCUUUGCUUGUGAAACCAGUGCCGUGUCGACUGUCCCCCCGCGCCACUGGCUUUAAGCUGCGAACUUUCGGUAGGGGAGUGCGUGUUUGUGCGAGUGUUUUUGUCGUGAUCACGUUUUUGUGCAACACCCGGGGUUUCGUACGAGUGUGACGGCUUUCGUUCACAAUCUUGGAUGGGCUCGACGUCCCGCGCCCGCCGCACUGCAGAGACUGGAAUGAGCCUGCGGAGAGCUCCGACGCAACCCUGCAAAAUGGAAGUUGAAUGGGAUCCCCGUCUGCUCCGCUCGGAGAGCACAGCACCAUGCCAGCAAGCCAGGACUGCUCCGCCACCGGAGCCUCCGUUAAUGCACACCUAUCCAAAUAGCUCAGCAGCCAGCAUUCUCCAGUCCGUCAAGGAACAGGAGGCCCAGUUUGAGUUGCUCACAAGGCAGCUGGAAGCAGAGCGGCAGACAGUUGCCACACAACUCGAAAAAAUCAAACUAAGAGAUCGGGACGACGCAGUGAGCGUGUCUAGCGUCUCGGUGAGCGGGUCUGCCGAGGAGCCCCCUUACGCCUGGAGGCCCCCGCCUCCCCAGGUUGGCAACUUUGGAGCCGACGACAGAGAGACUCGGCCCAAGAUGACUGACUCGCACCUCAUCAUUAACCGAAAGACGGAAUCCAAAGAGGAAGAGCACCUUGUGCGCACUGAGCUGGUCGAGAAAGUGCAGAGGCGCUACUAUCCUGAUCAAACUACUACAGAGUAUCAUCGCUACAUGCAAGAUGGCAGUUCGCCGCAGGUGCAGGAGUCCUACUCCAUGAACUACCACAGCACGACGUCAACCAACGGUCACCAAGUGGGUGACGGCGAGCACUCACCAAACUCGUCCAAGCUAGCGGUGCCGGGCGAGAAUUCCCAGCUCGUCAGCCGGACAACACAGCAGACCAAAACGCAACAGGUCAAAACGGUCACAAAAGUCAUAAAGACGAGGGAGGUUCGUCACGUCGGUCCUGACGGUCAGCCUCUGGAGUACAACCCAUACGGAACGCACGGCAUGCCCAUGGCGGGCUCCGACUACGUCACAUAUCCUUACACUGGCGCAACCGACAACUCCCACGGCUAUGGCAGCUACGAUGCAGGCGAGCCUCCUAGUCCAGCCAGUCAGGUGGCGCCCCCACACGGCGCCUACCCCCAGGAUUAUGCCACGUACGGCUCCUAUUUACGCGACUACGACUACGGCGGCUACCCCGGACAAGCGCCGACACCUCCUUCGGUCACGUCGGAGUCACCCCUGCCGCCCUCGCAUAUGGCUGUGCCUCAGGCCGCGUCGUCCCGGAGUAUGAUGUCACCCCUCAUGGUUGCCCCCGACGGUUACACCCACGGACAUUCGGGUUACGACGAACUCGACCCUCAGCCUCCGAGGGGUGGUGUGGAGUACGCACCGGACUGCUACAGGAGUACGCCCUCGCCGGCACCUCAUCCGGACCGCUACGGCACCUACGGCUACUUGGGUGCCCCCGGUGCAAGCUCGCCCGGCUACAGCCCGGGCUACGAGGGCGCACCCCCGCCGCAGGGAUACCUCGACCGCAGGCCCAGCUACGACGAACACCAGGCGGGACCCCCGGGGGGUGCGAGGGGCCCCUACGGGGCAGCUCCCCCUCGAGCCCUCUUCGAGGAAGAAGAGGAUGAGGCCAGCCCCGCACCCCCACCCCUGGAAGGGCAGCUUCCCCCUAGGCCACCUUACGUGGGACCUCCUCUUGAUGGAUCAGACCCCAGAGGUGGCGGGGACGUGCGGUGGCGAGACCCCGACCUGCACGAGGUGAUAGAGUUCCUGGGCCACCCCAACAGCGUGGUGCGCGCCAAUGCAGCUGCCUACCUGCAACACCUGUGUUACAUGGACAACGGCAUGAAGCAAAAGACAAGAGCUUUGGGAGGAAUCCCGCUCUUGAUCGAACUUCUGAACCAAGACUUCCCUGAGAUUCAGAGGAAUGCCUGCGGUGCCCUUAGGAACCUCUCUUAUGGCCGGCAGAACGACGAAAACAAGAGAGCCAUCCGCAAUGCGGGUGGCAUACCGGCCCUCGUUCGUCUACUGCGAAAGACGCCUGACAACGAAAUUCGCGAGCUGGUGACCGGGGUCUUGUGGAACCUCUCUUCAUGUGAGGAGCUGAAGAGGCCAAUCAUCGACGAUGCCCUCCAAGUGCUGGUGAACCACGUGAUCAUCCCCUUGUCCGGCUGGGACCGCAACCGCGACAGGGGCGACCACACGAAGCCCCAGGAGAUCUACUGGACCAUCGUCUUUCGCAAUGCCAAUGGAGUCUUGAGAAACGUGAGCUCUGCCGGGGAGUACGCGCGGAGGAAGCUACGAGAGUGCGAGGGCCUGUGCGACGCCCUGCUCCACCUGAUGAGGACGGCGGUGCGCAAGAACGACAUGGACAACAAGAGCGUGGAGAACUGCGUUUGCACGCUGCGCAACCUCUCGUACCGGCUGCAGGAAGUGGAAGACCCCGAGUACGACAAGCACGCGCCGGCCCCGACGCCGUCGCGCGCGACGGGCGCUGCCAUCAAAGUGGGUGACAGCUUGGGCUGUUUCGGAGCCAAGAAGAAGAAAGAAGCCCUGGAGAAGCAGAAGAAGGAGUCCUCCGGAUCGGCCCUGGCGUCGGCUUCGGCCAGCACGUCUCCGCGGCCGCAGUCGGAUCCCCCGUCCGGCAUGGAACUCCUCUGGCAGCCAGAGGUUGUGCAGCCAUAUUUGGCCCUGCUGUCCGAGUGCUCCAAUCCGGAGACGCUAGAGGCAGCAGCGGGUGCCAUCCAGAAUCUGGCCGCUUGCUACUGGCAGCCAAGCAUAGACAUCAGGGCAGCUGUGAGAAAAGACCGGGGCCUUCCUGUUUUGGUGGAGCUGCUCCGGAUGGAAGUGGACAGGGUAGUGUGUGCAGUGGCCACGGCACUACGCAACCUUGCCAUGGAUCAGCGGAACAAGGAGCUGAUCGGCAAAUAUGCCAUGAGUGAUCUGGUCCAGAAGCUGCCAAAUGGCAACCCGCAGCACGACGUGGGCACCUCCGACGACACCAUCGCGGCUGUGCUCGCCACGCUGAACGAAGUGAUUGUGCGCAACAGUGACUUUGCACGCUCGCUUUUAGAAGCUGGUGGUGUCACGCGGCUAACCUACAUCACCAAGCAGAAAGGCCGCUUCUCGGCACGUGUUGUCAAGUUCACGUCUCAGCUCCUGUACAACUUGUGGCAGCACGUUGAGCUGCGGGAAGUCUACAAGAACGCCGGCUGGCGCGAGUACCACUUCCUCACGAGGACGCUCGUGGCACGCAACUCUUCAUCGUCGCCCCCGUCGAGCGCCAACAACACGCUGAGCCGGCCAAUCAGCUCCCAAGGUGGCACCCGCUACGAGGACCGCACCCUGCCACGUGUGGCCCGAGAGCUUAACAGCGGGCAGCCCCCUGUGAACAUGCCAUAUAGUCGGUCAGAGGAGCUUCCUCUGAGCGAACUCAGCCACGGUGGCGGCGGUGGCAGUGCCGAGGGUCAGCCGGGCUCUCCGCAGCCCGCACAGCCACAGCAGCCGACGCUGCACCGCCCACCUGUUGGUGGAGUCCCGAUUUUCCCACCGGGCCCUCAGCAGCAGCAGCCUAUGAGGUCUCCGCCUGAGCCCGUGUACGCCCAGGUGAACAAGAAGAAGGACCGGUAUCCGAACGAUCAGGGGCCCCAGUACCUCGCACUCGACAGCCAGUCGUCCCAGCCCGCCGGAGACUCCUGGGUGUGAGAUGCGACACUGUGGCCACUGCGACUUCGGCUGCAACGGCUUCUCAUCUUUCUUGUUUCGCCAUGUUUUGGGACGUUCUCACACGCCAAGGCAACAUGGGAGAAAAAAAAACAGGAGGGAUAGAGCGGAAGAAGACUGUGCACUACUAGCCUGAGGAAGACGGCAGUGUGUUUUUAUUUUACGUUCGUGACAUUUAUUUUUUUUCUUUGCUGCUCUGAUUUCCAGUUCGCAUUUUUUAAUCAUUGAGAAUUAUAUCGAAUUUUAUUAGAAAUUUCGCGCAUGCGCGCGGGUCAGGUGCAGCCGAGGUCUCCGCCGCACACCCUCGCGUUUUUCCGGGGUGGCGCCUGCACUCGCGUGUAGGACAGCUCGAAGCCAAAGCCAGUUCCUUGUUUUAGUCUCUCCUGCUUGCCAGUGACGAGUCUGUAUCUCUAAAAUAGCUUUUUUUUUUCUUUUUUUUUUCUUCAUGUUUCGCACAGUGAAGUCUUUCUCGUGGAACAGCACACCUGGAUCUCUUGCAGAGAGAUCACGCGCAUUCUCCCUCCCUGGUCUGCCUUUUGCGCAGGUAGCAGUCGUUGUUGACACGAACAAAAGACGAGGAGACAACGGAUGCCUAGGAGAUGCUCUCUGACUGUGUGCGCGCGGGCGGUGAAAGCAGCAUGACACGCACUCACCGAACUUGUUUAAAAAGGAACAAAAAGGAAGGAACACAGGGCUGAAUUGUGAAAUGGAAUCAAGGAAGUCAAGACCAGGUCUCCCCACACUCUCUCUAGAAACGCUAUUUCCUGCACCCCCCUGUAUGCUGCGCAGGGGGGCGUGCGGGGCUCCUUUAACGCCAUCUCGUUAAGUGGCAUAGCAAGCAGCUGUUUGCAAUCAAGGCAGCUGUCUCUCCGACGUCAGCCGCGGCGUAAGGAUACAGGACGUCGACGCAGAAGUAAAAACAAAAAAAAGGCGGUGCGUUCCCCUCCGUUACUUCAGUGCGAGGGGAAAGGUGUCAGGGAUAUAUAUACAUAUAUACCUGGGAAAGUGGGAAAGGAAAUUUUUUUCCCCCAUUGCCAUUUACUACUCCGAACGCUUACUACUACUACUACCGAGUACGCUCUGUCAUCAUUACUACGCUGUACUAUUCCUGAUCCUGCCAGUGCCAACAAGAGUGUUUUUUGCCGUGGUUUGCGGUGAUCUGACCUUUUUUCUUUGCUUUCGUUUCGUUUUGGUGAACCGCGUCGUGUGUGUCUCAACACCCUUGUCCCGUCCCGUUCCCCAUGCUACCCGUUUCUCGCUCCCCGUCUUCCCGCUUCGUUCGGUUGAAAGUUUUUUUCUCUCUUUACGUCUUUACCGUGGCAGCUCUCAGUUCUGCUGGUUCCAUAAUUGGGUCCUUCCAUCGUUGCACACGUGCCCGUGUGCGUCCGUCUCUCUCUCUUCUCAACGUAAACCUUUCACACGGAAACUUUGCUCAAGUGUCGCAGGGGUAUCUUGCGUUGCAUUUCUUGGGUUGUGCUGACGACGACAGAGGCGGGACGAAGGGAUGUCGUAGACGAAGAGCGUCUCUUUUCCGCGUGGUCGCAGCCGACGACUCCUUUCACGAAACAAAACGUCGUUUGGCGGUGCGCGGCUCGCGGGGACGAACGGCCCGGGUAACAUUGCACCGUGCACUAGGGCGCCGUGUUGCCAGACGCUGGUGCUGAGUCUUGAAGCGAUUGCGGCCCCGGUUGGUAAGUUGACGAUGAGAGCGGCCGAACGCCGCGUUUUGCCCACUCAUCGUCGUUUUAGUGGCUCGGGCUGCUAGGAGCAAAACAAAACAAACAAAAAAAAGUACCACAACUUCCACAGCCUGCACUCUUUGCCAUUUUUGGAGCCGUUUUUGUCUCCGCCAUUCCAGCAGCUGAGGUUUUUUUGUUGAGAAACAGUGCUCUCGAUUUGCCUUUUUUUUUAAAUUAUCCCUCCUCUUGUUGUUGAUGUUGCUUUUCCUGUCCUCAUUGCCGCAUAGUACUUGCAUUCAUUUGUUUCAUAGGCAGCGCAGAUCUACUUAAGCACCAGUCAUGUGUUGCACGUUUUACUUGCGUUAUAUUUUUUUUCGUUGCGGUGCAUUGGCCAGCGUGCAAACGAGUCUUGUGUCAUUAUGUAGGUAUACUCGUGUGCAUUCUUUGGACAGUAUUUAAAUACUUUAGCAAGUUUUAUUUCGGCAGAAAGUAAUAGUGUUCUUUUAGCUUCUUUUUUUAAAUAUUGUUGACAUUACUAUAGGCGCUGUGUUGCCCCAUCAUUCUGCCAAUGUUUGCUGUACAGUUAUAAACCCUCACCACUGUUUCCUUGAGAACAGUGGUGCAAUGCUUUAUCUCUGUAUUCAGCCAGUGUGCUUGUCCGUGCAAAGGUUUCACAUUCCAUUCUGAUUUUAGUGAGGUUGCUUAAAGGGAGCUUUCUUUUAUCAAGGGAUGAUGAACUGUAAUUUUACGCAACCUUUUCUUGAUUCUCGUGAACAUAGGCAACUUUUUAUAAUGACGUACCGUAACUUUUACAUUAUAUACCUUUUUUUUUUUUCAAAUGAAUAGUGUACAUUUUUUUGGUUGUGUAAAAUGUAUCUGACAAGAACUGUAACAUCUGAAAUAAAGGUGAUUUUGAGGACCAA